CGUCUUUAAAGGGAACUCGCAGCUUUGCACUGACAGUGCUCUUGAGCCAAGUUGCUUCUGGGCGGAAGUAGCCCAUCUAGGGCUUGGCCUCUUUAAAGAAACAGACUUCUGCAACCUUGGGACUACGUUUGGGGUCGCCGGCUAUUGGACGGAGCAGCGCAAUUGUUAGCUGAAGCAGAACUGUGUGUGGGACUCAGGCCCUGGCUUGGAGCCAUUUUCUGGCCUAGGCUGUCUGCCCUUCUGUCCUCUGGAGGGGAAGCCUGCAGUGCCUGUGGACCUACCUCAGAGGCAUGUUCAGGAGUGCAGCAGCCCUCUCGGUGCACCUGAUGUGGCCACUCUGGGGAAGGAAGGCUGGAGCCUCACUCACCCGGUGCUUGCACCAGUCUCUCACCAUGGCCAAACGGCUGCAGGCUCGGAGGCUGGACGGGAUAGAUCAAAACCUCUGGGUGGAGUUUGGCAAACUGACCAAGGAGUAUGACGUCGUGAACUUGGGUCAAGGCUUCCCUGACUUCUCACCUCCGGACUUUGCAACGAAAGCUUUUCAGCAGGCUACCAGUGGGAACUUCAUGCUCAACCAGUACACAAGGGCAUUUGGUUACCCACCACUGACAAACGUCCUGGCAAGUUUCUUUGGCAAGCUGCUGGGACAGGAGAUGGACCCACUCACGAAUGUGCUGGUGACAGUGGGUGCCUAUGGGGCCUUGUUCACAGCAUUUCAGGCCCUGGUGGAUGAAGGAGAUGAGGUCAUCAUCAUGGAACCUGCUUUUGACUGUUAUGAACCCAUGACAAUGAUGGCUGGAGGUUGCCCUGUGUUCGUGACUCUGAAGCCGAGCCCUGCUCCUAAGGGGAAACUGGGAGCCAGCAAUGAUUGGGAACUGGAUCCUGCAGAACUGGCCAGCAAGUUCACCUGCACCAAGGUCCUGGUCUCAACACACCCAACAACCCCUUUAGGAAAGGUAUUCUCUAGGAUGGAGCUGGAGCUGGUGGCUAAUCUGUGCCAGCAGCACGAUGUCGUGUGCAUCUCUGAUGAGGUCUACCAGUGGCUGGUCUAUGACGGGCAGCAGCACGUCAGCAUCGCCAGCCUCCCUGGCAUGUGGGAUCGGACCCUGACCAUCGGCAGUGCAGGCAAAAGCUUCAGUGCCACUGGCUGGAAGGUGGGCUGGGCCAUGGGUCCAGAUAACAUCAUGAAGCACCUGCGGACAGUGCACCAGAAUUCUAUCUUCCACUGCCCCACCCAGGCCCAGGCUGCAGUAGCCCAGUGCUUUGAGCGGGAGCAACAGCACUUUGGACAACCCAGCAGCUACUUUUUGCAGCUGCCACAGGCCAUGCAGCUGACCCGAGACCACAUGAUCCAUAGCCUGCAGUCAGUGGGCCUCAAGCCCUGGAUCUCCCAGGGGAGCUACUUCCUCAUUGCAGACAUCUCAGACUUCAAGAGCAAGAUGCCCGACCUGCCUGGAGCUGAGGAUGAGCCUUAUGACAGACGCUUUGUCAAGUGGAUGAUGAAAAACAUGGGCUUGGUGGGCAUCCCUGUCUCCACAUUCUUCAGUCGGCCCCAUCAGAAGGACUUUGACCACUACAUCCGAUUCUGUUUUGUGAAGGACGAGGCCACACUCCAGGCCAUGGAUGAGAGACUGCGCAAGUGGAAAGAGCUCCAACCCUGA